UAGCAGACUUCACAGUGCACUGAUGCAGCCCUUUCGCAACAAAAACAUGCAGACAAGAAUAGAUAUUUUACUGUGAAGAAUUAUUGCAAAGUUAUUGGACUUCAUGACAUUCUUUCGGAUACAUUGAAAGUAGGCUACUUUUUAUUUUUACUUUUUUAACCAUUGUAGGGUGCAAUGAGUGAAUAACUUUCUACCGGGUUUAAUAACAGAGGCUUCUGGGAGAACAACAACAACCAAAGGUUCUGAAGUCUGAACGCACCCUGGUACUGACCUUUGACCUCUAGCCAUGUCUCAGAGUAACCCCUCCUUCCAGCUCAUCCAGACUCUGAGGAAGUCUCCCGCUGUGUUCCGCCGCCGGUUCCACCUCCGGCCCAACAGCACCGCUACCCUCGCCCACGGGGAUCCCCUCUACAAGGUGCUCUACCUGGGCACUGAGAAAAUCUACUCCCUGGAUCUGGAGCAGGCCCAGGGGGCCAUAGGCCUGCUGCUCCAGCAGUGGGCCCCGGGGGCCCCUGAGAAACUGUGCAAGGAGCACGCUCUAGUGUUGCGGCGGCGUUACAUAGAGGUGAAGGAGAUUGCCACGGGGAGACAGCUCGCUAAGACCUAUCUGAGAGACAUUGCGUUCUGCGCGGCCGACACCAAGCACCCCAAUGUGUUCCUGUACAUCUGUAAGCUGCAAGGCCAGCAACUGCAGUUACAGUGCAAGAUAUUCUGGUGCACCAGUGCUGAGAGAGCUAAGGACAUCACCGCUUGUCUGGCAAGGAGCUUUCAAACGGCUCUUAGUGAUUGGCAGGGGCAGGGUAGCGAGACCAAUCACAUGGAGAAAGGGGAGGGAUCAUCGGAGGUGGAUGGACUGUCAGUCAUCCCAAGCCUUCAUACUAAUACCUCCUCUGCUCUAUCAGGAUCUCUAAGGACAGACAGGUCGCUGGAGGAGGAGUAGGGGUGUGGCUACUCUGUGUCCUCUCAGAGCGAUGAGGAAGGAGAGGACAGACAGCACCAUCACCAAUGACAGCACACAGUCAACCAUUUGAUAUUUUACUUUGACUCUCUCUGCCAACUGAUAAUCUGUUGGGCCUAGCAGAGCCUCACGAGCUCCUGCAGUACCCACCAGUAUUGAAGAAUGGACCACUGCCAAACUAAGCUUAGAGCCCAGAACUACAUUUUGUGUGUGUGCUGGCCAGCUGCACUGUGUGUCUGUCAUGAGAGACUGCCGCCAAAAGGAUUCUUAUUAUGGACUUGAAUAAAGCUAAGGGUGUGACUCAAAAGCCCCACAUGCCACAGAGCACCCCUUUAUCACCACCAACAGGGUCAUUGUGUUUACGCCUGAGCACUAUUUUGGCUUGGUUUGAAUUUUUUAUGUUAUUUAACUAGGCAAGUCAGUUAAGAACAAAUUCUUAUUUACAAUGACGGCCUACCCCGGCCAAGUUAAAUGGGUUUCCAUUGCAUUUUCAACUCUACUGAUGGCUUUGUUACCAAGAAAAUGGACUUAUGUAGUGAGUGUGUCCACUCUGGUAUUGGCACGUUCACAUUAGCCAACAGCUCGCAUAAUACAGUACGCGCAUAGCCUAGAUGAUGGAAUUACUAUGGACAAAAGAGUGAGAUUAUUUGUAUUUUUCAAACAGCAGCCAAGCAUCAAUCAUCGUGUCACCAGCAUAAGACCCUCAAUAUUUAUUGCAAAGGAGUAUCAAGCUCAUCACUUUGCACUUUCACCAUCCUGUGCAGUUCAUCAUCAUUUAUUUCAUCUGUAGCCUAAUAAACUGCAGCCUGAUAAUGCUUU